AUGUCAACUAUUUUCGAAGUUAUCGAUAGCCUUCCUCUUCCAAAAGAAGAAACGAAUAAACUACAAACUUAUCUUAUUAAACAUAACCAGGAGAGAGAGAUAUUACAUUCUGCACUCAUGAGUCCCUUAAAAACAGACGAAGCUAAACUUGAGUUAUUAAAAGAAUUUUUGAAGACUCUGUCUGCUG